AUGCCGGUCACCAAUUUCGCGCACAAAGAUCCCUACACCUACCAGGUCGGCUUCAACUCACACCAGGAGAGUGAAGCUCUCGCAGGAGCUCUACCGAUCGGCCAAAACUCUCCACAAAAGGCUCCCUAUGGGCUAUACACGGAAAAACUGUCCGGAACAUCUUUCACUGCUCCCCGCCAUGAGAACAAACAGACCUGGGUCUACAGAAUCAUUCCUGCGGCGUCUCAUCAGGCCUUUGCUGCCGAGCCCGUCGAUGCCUAUCGCGCAGGGGGGAUGCCGAAGCUGCGUUGGAAUCCCUUUGAUGUCGACGAAUCGGUGGACUGGGUCCACGGUCUGCAUCUCAUUGCUGGUGCUGGAGAUGCCACUCUAAAACAGGGUCUUGGGAUUCUAGUCUACUCCGCAGGAAAGAACAUGGCCAAGGAAGAGGCCUUCUACUCUGCUGACGGCGAAUUCCUUAUUGUUCCCCAACAUGGGGUACUCGACAUCCAGACAGAGCUUGGCCGACUCUUUGUUCGGCCAAAUGAGGUUUGUGUGAUUCCCCGUGGUAUCAGGUACCGCGUGGAACUUCCAGCUGGCCCUGUGAGGGGGUAUAUCUGCGAGCUCUAUCAAGGUCACUUCCAGUUACCGGAGCUGGGCCCAAUUGGCUCCAACUGUCUGGCGAAUUCUCGCGACUUCCAGUCACCUGUUGCUUUUUAUGAUGACGCCUCUGUCGAAAGCAACAGAAAAUUCCUCUUACGCUCCAAAUUCAAUCACCGAAUGUAUUCAGCGGUGCAGGACCACACGCCCUUCGACAUCGUGGCCUGGCAGGGCAAGUACUACCCAUACAAAUACGACCUCGCAAGAUUCAAUCCGAUGGGGUCUAUCUCCUUUGACCACCCUGAUCCCUCUAUCUACACCGUCCUAACAGCCCCAUCGGACCACCCCGGCACCGCUAUUUGCGAUUUUGGAAUCUUCCCACCACGCUGGCUUGUUGCGGAGGACACCUUCCGGCCGCCAUGGUACCACCGCAAUGUCAUGUCCGAAUUCAUGGGCUUGAUCUGCGGUACCUAUGAUGCGAAAACUGAUGGUGGCUUCCAGCCCGCCGGAGCUAGCCUUCACAACAUAAUGAGCGGUCAUGGCCCCGAUUCCGAUGCCUUUGAAAAGGCAAGCAACAUGGAACUUGAGCCAGUGAAAGUCGGAGAGGGAAGCAUGGCCUUCAUGUUUGAAAGUGCCUUUAUGCUUGGGGUGACAGAGUGGGGGCUCCAAACCUGCGAAAAAAUCCAGGAGAAUUAUAAUGAUAUCACCUGGCGCCCGUUAAAAAGGCACUUCCAGGCACCUUGA